AUGGUUCAAAAAAAAUUAUCUUACUAUACGAUAUACCCCAUAAAAGUUUGUGAACUCGAAAGAACUGACCACCAUGAUUUAUUGUUAUUUGGAGAAGCCUCGGGUAACGAGCAUUACUGUCGAAUAAUAAAUCUAUCUAAAUUAGUUGGUUCACAAAUGUCACAAAACGGUCACGUUGUGUUAAUAUGUAAGCGCUGUUUCAAGUCAUACUUUGGAAUUAAUCGCCGUGGAGUUAGCGCGGAACAGCGACUUAAAGAUCACAAACUGAAUUGCAACAAAAAUAAGCCGCUGCUACCAGUACUUGCAAGUCCAAACACUUUUAUGAAAUUUGAAAAUAUUAAUCGCACAAGGAAGCAUCCAUUUGCCAUAUAUGCUGACUUUUAG